AUGGGCUCUCCCGCUAAUUGGAAAGAUAUCCGGGAACAAAAGACCGACUCCAGCCUCUCCGCACCCCAAGGCCCCUCACGUCUCCGCACCCCAAGGCCCCUCACGUCUCCGCACCCCAAGGCCCCUCACGUCUCCGCACCCCCAAGGCCCCUCACGUCUCCGCACCCCAAGGCCCCUCACGUCUCCGCACCCCCAAGGCCCCUCACGUCUCCGCACCCCCAAGGCCCCUCAAGUCUCCGCACCCUCAAGUCUCCGCACCCCAAGGCCCCUCACGUCUCCGCACCUCAAGGCCCCUCAAGUCUCCGCACCCCAAGGCCCCUCAAGUCUCCGCACCCCAAGGCCCCUCAAGUCUCCGCACCCCAAGGCCCCUCAAGUCUCCGCACCCCAAGGCCCCUCAAGUCUCCGCACCCCAAGGCCCCUCAAGUCUCCGCACCCCAAGGCCCCUCAAGUCUCCGCACCCCAAGGCCCCUCAAGUCUCCGCACCCCAAGGCCCCUCACGUCUCCGCACCUCAAGGCCCCUCACGUCUCCGCACCUCAAGACUCCGCACCUCAAGGCCCCUCAAGUCUCCGCACCCCAAGGCCCCUCACGUCUCCGCACCCCAAGGCCCCCUCACGUCUCCGCACCCCAAGGCCCCUCACGUCUCCGCACCCCAAGGCCCCUCAAGUCUCCGCACCCCAAGGCCCCUCACGUCUCCGCACCUCAAGGCCCCUCACGUCUCCGCACCUCAAGACUCCGCACCUCAAGGCCCCUCAAGUCUCCGCGCCCCAAGGCCCCUCACGUCUCCGCGCCCCAAGGCCCCUCACGUCUCCGCGCCCCAAGGCCCCUCACGUCUCCGCGCCCCAAGGCCCCUCGAGACUCCGCGCCCCAAGGCCCCUCGAGACUCCGCGCCCCAAGGCCCCUCGAGACUCCGCGCCCCAAGGCCCCUCGAGACUCCGCGCCCCAAGGCCCCCCGAGACUCCGCGCCCCAAGGCCCUCGAGACUCCGCGCCCCAAGGCCCCUCGAGACUCCGCGCCCCAAGGCCCUCGAGACUCCGCGCCCCAAGGCCCCUCGAGACUCCGCGCCCCAAGGCCCCUCGAGACUCCGCGCCCAAGGCCCCUCGAGACUCCGCGCCCCAAGGCCCCUCGAGACUCCGCGCCCCAAGGCCCCUCGAGACUCCGCGCCCCAAGGCCCCUCGAGACUCCGCGCCCCAAGGCCCCUCGAGUCUCCGCGCCCCAAGGCCCCUCGAGACUCCGCGCCCCAAGGCCCCUCGAGACUCCGCGCCCCAAGGCCCCUCGAGACUCCGCGCCCCAAGGCCCCUCGAGACUCCGCGCCCCAAGGCCCCUCGAGACUCCGCGCCCCAAGGCCCCUCGAGACUCCGCGCCCCAAGGCCCCUCGAGUCUCCGCGCCCCAAGGCCCCUCGAGUCUCCCCGCCCCAAGGCCCCUCGAGUCUCCCCACCCCAAGGCCUCUCAAGGCCCCUCACGUCUCCGCACCCCAAGUCUCCGCACCCCAAGGCCCCUCACGUCUCCGCACCCCAAGGCCCCUCACGUCUCCGCACCCCAAGGCCCCUCACGUCUCCGCACCCCCAAGGCCCCUCAAGUCUCCGCACCCUCAAGUCUCCGCACCCCAAGGCCCCUCACGUCUCCGCACCUCAAGGCCCCUCAAGUCUCCGCACCUCAAGGCCCCUCAAGUCUCCGCACCCCAAGGCCCCUCAAGUCUCCGCACCCCAAGGCCCCCUCACGUCUCCGCACCUCAAGACUCCGCACCUCAAGACUCCGCACCUCAAGGCCCCUCAAGUCUCCGCACCCCAAGGCCCCUCACGUCUCCGCACCCCAAGGCCCCUCACGUCUCCGCACCCCAAGGCCCCUCACGUCUCCGCACCCCAAGGCCCCUCACGUCUCCGCACCCCAAGGCCCCUCACGUCUCCGCACCCCAAGGCCCCUCACGUCUCCGCACCCCAAGGCCCCUCACGUCUCCGCACCCCAAGGCCCCUCACGUCUCCGCACCCCAAGGCCCCUCACGUCUCCGCACCCCAAGGCCCCUCACGUCUCCGCACCCCAAGGCCCCUCACGUCUCCGCACCCCAAGGCCCCUCACGUCUCCGCACCCCAAGGCCCCUCACGUCUCCGCACCCCAAGGCCCCUCAAGUCUCCGCACCCCAAGGCCCCUCAAGUCUCCGCACCCCAAGGCCCCUCAAGUCUCCGCACCCCAAGGCCCCUCAAGUCUCCGCACCCCAAGGCCCCUCAAGUCUCCGCACCCCAAGGCCCCUCAAGUCUCCGCACCCCAAGGCCCCUCAAGUCUCCACACCCCAAGGCCCCUCAAGUCUCCACACCCCAAGGCCCCUCAAGUCUCCACACCCCAAGGCCCCUCAAGUCUCCACACCCCAAGGCCCCUCAAGUCUCCGCACCCCAAGGCCCCUCAAGUCUCCACACCCCAAGGCCCCUCAAGUCUCCACACCCCAAGGCCCCUCAAGUCUCCACACCCCAAGGCCCCUCAAGUCUCCACACCCCAAGGCCCCUCAAGUCUCUGAGUAUUGA